GAUUAUUCUAAUCAAUAAGGUAGCAAGUCACAAAAAGUCCCUCUUAUUUCACCUAUGAUAAAAAAAAUGCGUAAUCAAGAAUUGACACCUUCACUUCAUAUUUUUUAUCUUUCCGAAACGUAACUUGAAAUAUUUAUGAGUCAUAGCUAUUUAUAAUUUUUCUUUUACUUAAUUUUCAUUGAAGAAUCACUCGGUUGUGAUACAGUAAUAUUUGUGCAUGUUAUUGAUAACCACUUGAGUUGUUUUAGUUUUUUACAUCACGUUCUCGACAAGAUGACCAAAGAGCGUUUGGAAUCCAAAUAACCCAUCAUCAUCUAAACAUUGUGUAGAAAUAGAAAACAAAACAUGUUUUCCCCGCCUAGUUUAUCAUACGCGAUAUACCAAGUACCUACAUUACUUGUUGUGGUAUGUAAGAACUGUUGUAGUAACGUGCAACUACUCGACGUUAGUCGACGACGCCGGUCGACACAGUCGCGCCGGUUCCUAUCACCUGCCUCUCAACAACUAGCAGGUUUAGAAAAUGUUAGCUAUUUACCCACUAUUAUUGCACGUUGUCGCGUGUGGGUGGUAUUAUUUUUUCUGGGAUCAAUUUUUGAAAGCUGGUAAUGGAAAUUCGAAAAAUUGGAAUCCCAAGUAUCGUGACGUGAACGAAAUGGGAUAUCGUUUUUUGACAAAUUGGAACUUAUUUAUGCAAACAUUGUAUUUUAUUGGGUGUUUACUUCAUGAUAUUAUGAAAAUUCUCAAUGGACCUAAUUGGCUUAAGAUUGGUUCUAAAAUUCAAAUGCUGAUAUCUGGAAGCUUCGCAGCAUUAAUAUUGCCAACUAGCAUCUUUGUGUCAACCUCGUUUUGGAUUUUAUAUGGAAUAGAUCGUGAGAUUGUUUACCCAAAAGUAAUUGAUGAUGUCUUACCAUACUGGCAAAACCAUGGAAUGCAUACUGUUAUCUUACUACUAGGAAUUUGUGAAUUAUUUACGACCAAACAUUUAUUUUUUUCUACUAAAAUAUUACUAUCAGUUCUUGGUGCAUUUGAAUUGACUUAUGCUAUAGUGUUUUUGGAAACUUACGUGGAAAAAGGUCGUUGGGUAUAUCCAUUGUUUGGAAUGUUUAGUUUACCAAUAUCAAUUGCAAUAAUGAUAACAUUACUUUUUUCUUACACAAUGUGCCUGUUUGUUGGUAUUUUCAUUCAAAAUCAGUAUUGGGAAAAAGAAGAAAAGAAAAAUAUUUAAAAAAAAUCAUUAAGGAAAUCUAAAUACUGAUUAUUAAGCAUAAUACUACUUAGUAUUCAGAAUUUUACUUCUCGGAUAUUUGAAAAGAAUGUUAUUGUUGUUCAUUAAUUUCUUUGACAUAAAAAUAUUUUGUAUUUAAAUCAAUUAAUUAAA